UACUCUGCAUGCAGCAUGGACAAAAUUCUGCUCCUUUUUGUGUUUUUAUUACCAACAGCUGCUUCAAAGGGUUCUCACUCUUUACAUAUUCAAGCCACUUACACUAAAAGCCAGUCACUCUUUCCUGAAUAUAGUAUCACAUUUAUGUUGGAUGACAUCAUAAUCGGAUACUAUGAUUCAGCGACAAAGCUCUAUAUCAAGAGAGGACAUACAACAGAAGAAAAUGAUGCAUUUAACGAAAAUUAUCACAGGGCUUUAAGUGACGAUAUGUUCACUGCUAUAAACCAUAGACUGGAAUUGCAAUUCGAUAAUCAUACGCACAUUGUUGAUGUUCAUCAGACACUGAUUCACUGUGAGCUCCUGGAAAACAUGGAAUCAGGAAAAAUUACAGUUAAAGGUGCCACAGGAGGAUCCACUGUUGUUGAACUGCACUUUCUCAAUAAAGAGACAACCUUCAGUUCUUCGUUCAAUAUAGUAAAGGUCAAACCGUUUGUAAAAUAUCUUCAAGAAAAUUAUGAACAAAUGUACUACUCAAUUUUCAUGGAAACUCUGAAGGCUAACCUUAAAAUGAGAAAAAAACUAAUCAACAGGAAAGUAAAGCCCAGAGUCAGACUCCUCCAGAAAGCAAACUCAGAUUCUGGAGGGUCUCGUGUGAGUUGUUUGGCAACAGGAUUUUACCCUCGUCACAUCAACCUGACUCUGUUCAGAGACGGGCAGCCUGUAUCUGAUCAUGAGAUCACUGGAGGAGAUCUGCUGCCCAAUGAUGACGGGACGUACCAGAUGAGGAAGAGUCUGGAGAUCAGCAGAGGAGACAAACGCACAUACACCUGCUCUGUCACACACCUCAGUCUGGACAACAAACUGGACGUCACUUUGGAGUAUCCGGGGGUAACAUUUAGGUCAGUGCGUUCCACAGUGCCAGUGGUUUUGGUUUUGGGGUUGCUGUUAUUGACUGUGGCUGCUAUUAUAUUAAAUAUUAUGUGGAGGAAAAGAUGGCAUUACAAGAAAUAA